AAAAUAAAUUGAUUGAUUGAUUGAACCUAUGAAAGCGAACCUAAGAAAGCGUCAUGCCUUGCACCGUGACAGGUGCAGUCCAUUGGCAUUGGCAGGCGCCGCUGCACAGCUAGCUAUCCCAAGAUUGUGAUGAUGCCAUUGCUGCUGGAGUGCUUCCUGCCGCCUCUUGAAAGCCCAUACCGUAUGGGUGCCGAACAUAGGGCAGCUGGCUGUACGCAAUUGAAGCUUGAGAUUCGAUGGGAGAUGCCUGCAUGUCCUGACACAACAUAGAUCAGGAAAUUGCAGGAAUUCCUGAGAGGCGGGCUAUGUGAGCAAGCUGCCGUCCUCUUUCAUCGUCAGUCCCUAACCAGCUCGUCGCCGACAGCCAGAGCUACCCGUGCAUCGAAAUAUUGAAACCACUGGCUUUACAUGCUGAUUUAUUUUUGAGAUUUGCAUCCAUCUGAGAGGAUGCCUCCGUCACCUUGCAGUGGAUGAAAGCAUAGCGGCUAUGACGCGGAAUGAAGUAUCUGAGUUUGCCGGCUUUCGUAUUGGCGGAGAGGUUCACCGAACAUCGCACUCGGUGGUCUUUCGGGCCUUGCGCGAGGACGGUAAUACCUGGGUGGUCCUGAAGACUGUGCCGGCAGCGGUUACGUCCCCUGCAGCACGAGCACGGCUGCAUAGAGAAUAUGACAUCACCAAAGAUUUGCAGGAGUGUCCGUAUAUUGCGCGUCCGAUUGAAGUGGUGGAAUAUGCCGGACGAACGGCCUUGGUCCUGGAAGACCUGGGAGCCACAUCGCUAAAGGCGUAUGUCAAGGGAGCCAAGCUGAGUGUGCAUGACGUGUUGAAACUGGGAACGUGUAUCGCCAGUGCGCUCGAGCACCUUCACAAGGCCGGCCUCAUCCACCAAGAUGUAAAGCCAGCCAACGUGCUGGUCGUAGAUCAGCUGGCGGCGAUCAAGCUCACUGACUUCUCCAUCUCGAGCCGGCUGACGGAAGAGAGCUCCAUGCUCGUGCCCUCGGAUGUAAUGAAGGGGACUGCGGCAUAUAUCAGCCCUGAGCAGACGGGGCGCGUGAAUCGGGCGGUGGACACGCGCACCGACCUCUACUCGUUGGGCGUGAUGCUGUACGAGCUCCUGACGGAGCACCGCCCAUUCCGCACCGAGGACUUGCAGCAGCUGUUGUACCAGCACAUCGCGGUGGUCCCGCAGCCUCCGACCGCAGUCGAUCCUAGCGUCCCUCUUGCCGUGUCGCACAUCGUGAUGAAGCUGCUGGAAAAAGACGCGGAGGCGCGCUACCAGACGGCCGCGGGGUUGCGCGCGGACCUGCAGACCUGCCUGGACAUGCUCGCGAAAGGAGACUUGCAGCCGUUUCCGUUGGGCAGGCUCGACCAUGUCGGCCGGCUACGUGCCCCAGACCGCAUCCUCGGGCGCGCCUCAGAAGCCGCGCAGCUGCGCGCCAGCCUGGCGCGCGUUGCGAGCUGCAGAACGUUGAACGUGGUGCUGAUCACGGGUUACAGCGGCAUUGGCAAAACGGCGCUGGUGGAAGAAUCGGUGGCCACCAGCUGCGGCCUGGGCGCGCUUGCCCGGGGCAAGUUCGACCAGUACAGCCGCGACACGCCUUUCAAGGCCGUCACUGCGGCGAUGCAGGGUUUGCUGAAGCAGGUUUUAGGGGAGCCGGGAGGCACUGUCCGGCGGUGGCGCGACCAGCUGCAGCAGGCGCUGGGCACAAACGGGCGUCUCAUGACGGACGUGCUCCCCGCGCUGGGCCACCUUCUGGGGCCGCAGCCGGAGGUGCCGCACACGGACGCAACUCCGGCAGAGGCCAGGUUCUUGGAGACAUUCGUGCGGCUGAUCCGGUGCUGCGCCGAGCUGCGCGCGCCACUCGUGCUGUUCCUCGACGAUCUCCAGUGGGCGGACUUGCCGUCGCUGCGCCUCCUGGAAGCGCUCGCGCGGUACGAACCGGACUUCCCGCUGCUGCUCGUCGGUGCGUACCGCCACCUCGAGGUCGACGAGCGCCACCCGCUGAGGCGGCUCAAGGCCAGCCUGGCGCAGCAGGAGUCGCUGCAGCUGGUGACGUUGCACCUCGGCCCGCUGACGUCAGACGACACGCAGGCGCUGGUGGCCGCGUGCGUACAGCAGGAGGGGCCGUCCGUUGCGGAGCUUGCUCAGGUGGUGCACGACAAGACGGAGGGCAACCCGUUCUACGAGCUGCAGUUUUUGCAGGCGCUAGUGCGUGAGAACCUGCUAUGGUUCGACAAGGACACCGGCGAGUGCAGGUGGGGCGACCCCGAGCAGCUGCGCGCGGCGGCGCAGGUAACGACCAACGUGGUGGACUUCAUGUCCAACGAGCUGUGCACGCGGCUCCCGCCCAACACGCGCUCCGUGCUCUCUCUGGCGGCAUGCCUCGGGGACGGCUUCAGCCUCACAGCGCUCACGCUCAUCACUCACGAGCCCGCCAAGGAGCUGGUUCACAAGCUGCGUCCGGCCUUGACGGCGGGGUUCCUGCUGCCAGUAGGAGAGGAGUACACCGAGCGCUGUGACUGGGACGCUGCGACCCUGAGCGCAGUCCGGUUCCACUUCCGACAUGAUCGCAUCCGGGAGGCUGCAUAUGAAGAGCUUGGGGAAGCGGAUCGUGCGGGCGUGCAUCUGACUGUGGGGCGGCGGCUGCUGGCCGGGCUCAGCGCCGCACAGUGCGAAGAGCACAAGUUUGCCAUCCUGCACCAUUUCAACCAGGCGCUGCCGCUUAUCACCGACCCUGCGGAGCGGCUCAGGCUCGCGCAUGAUAAUCUGGCAGCAGGUAGCAAGGCGAAGGCUGCUACAGCGUACGAGGCCGCCCUGCAACACGUCCGGUGCGCCACGGAGUUGCUAGGGUCAAGCACGGACGCAUGGAGCCGACAUCCCCAACUAGCGCUGGAGAUCCAAGCGGAAGAGGCGGAGUGCCUUUCGCUUACAGGCUCCAACGAAGAGGCUCUCAAGCUGCUGAACGAGCUCAAGGACCGGUUCCAAGGAGACGCUACCAGCACGCUGCGCAUACUGGAGCUGAGAAUACAGGCCCUUACAUUGGCAGGACAGUUGCUCCAAACCCUCCCGGACGCCGCCGAAGGUCUCGCCACGCUGGGCGCCCCCUUACCCUUAACCGACCCCGAGAUCGAAACCGCCAUUUCGGCGGAACAGACACAUUUGGAACAAGCCCUCUCGCGCGUCGGGCCUGCUGACAUCGCCGCCCUCCCCGCAAUGACGUCACCGCGCGAGCUCGCAAUUGUGCGCCUACUGGACCGCCUGACGAUGGCCGCGUAUUGCGCGGGCCGCGUGCGGCUUAUUCACCUCGUCACGCUGCGCAUGCUCGCGCUGGUACUAGAGCGGGGACAUUCUCCGGUGGCCUGUCUGGCGCUCCCGCUUUACGCAAGUUUCUUCCUGAUCCGGCUCAAGCGCUACGACCAGGGACACGCGCUUGGGGCUGCAGCGCUGCGGAUUAUGGACCGGUUUGCGGACCAGACGCGCCGUGGGCAGUUUAACGCUACGCUCGCCACUGCGGUGGCGCACUGGAAGGGCAGCCUCGAGGAGUGCAUCGCCCUAAUGGAGGCCGGUGCCGCCAGCUGCCUAGAUCACGGUGACCACGUAUACGCCGCUUUCAACCUCGCCUUCGCCACGCUGUUUGAGUUCCACCGGGGACUGCCCCUGCCUGCGCUGCGCACGCGAGUGGGCCAGGCCGUCAAGACGCUACUCCGCAUGAAAGAGAAGCAGCAGCUCGGGCUGGCGCUUGCGAUGCAACAAGUCAUCGGGAUCUUGUCCGGCGAAGUGACGACCAAACCGGACGCCCCCUUCUUACAAGAGAACGCCGCCCACCAACUAAACCUCGCGGCCUACUCCGUAGUCAAGGCGGCAGCGCUGUGCCACCUGCAAGACUUCGAGAACGCCCUCGCUGUGGUGGAGGCAGUGGAUCCCAUUCGCGAGGUACUACAGCCGGUGGUAUUCUCGGUUCUGCUUGUCUUUUACGAGGCUGUCGCGUGUGCCCAGCUCCUGCACGCCCAUUCCGGCGACCACCCUCCCCAAGACCGCAGCGCAAAGGUCGCCCACUGGGAGCGCCGACUGCAAAGCGGUGUGGACGCCCUGAAAGAGUACGCAGAGGUGAACCCUGCUUUGCACGAGCACCGCUACUGGCUCACCUUCGCCGAGCAACAGCGCUGGAUGCGCAAUGACGAGGCCGCCGGGGCGGCAUACGAGAAGGCAAUUGCGGCUGCGGAAGAAGCAAACUUUCUGCAGGACGUUGGUUUAGCCCGCGCUCUAGCAUCCCGUCACUGCAGCGCCAUAAAGCGGCCGCUCGCCGCGGCAUGGCAUCUCUCCGAGGCACAGGAUGCUUACGCCGCGUGGGGCGCUCCAGCUGCAGUCCAACGCCUGCCAGCGGUUGCCUCCAACCAAAAGCCCGGGCGACGGCAGCGGUCCGAAAGCCCCGACCAAAGUACUUCCCAAACCACCGACGCAACCGACACCGUGACCACGAACGAGCUGGUCAAGGCGAGCUCCCUCUCGCGCGACAGCGCAGACAUGCGGGCCGUUCUGGCGGCCUCCCAGACCCUGAGCAGCGAGAUCGUUCGCGGGGCUUUGGUGGAGAAACUACUAGACAUCGUGAUGGAGGUUGCAGGGGCUCGCUAUGUGGUGCUCGUGCUUCAACGCCCCAGCGGGGGCGGGUGGUUCCUCGAGGGGAGUGCCAGCGUCGUGGGGCGGUACGAGGAACCUUCGGACGAUAAGCGUGCUGCCACUGGACUCUACUCGCGGUCUGGCGCGCCCGAGGUCCUCACCAAAUUGGCGCCAGUGCCCUUGAGCGCUGCGGACGCACUCGUGCCGCGGGCGCUCGUGUUGUACGUCUCGCGCACGCAGGAGGUGGUGAUGCUCAACGGGGCGUCCAAGAGCGUGACCGUGAAGGACAGCUACCUGGAGAGGCGCAAGCCGCAGUCGGUGCUCUGCAUGCCCAUUGUACGUCACGGAGAAGUGGCGGGCGUACUUUAUGUGGAGCACGAGCUCCUUGCGGACGCUUUCCCGUCCAACCGCAUCCAGACGUUGUCCCUGCUUAGCGCCCAGAUCGCCAUCAGCAUCGAAAACAGCGCCAUGUAUGCUGAGAUGCGGACCCGAGAGGACGAGCUCAUCAUUGCCAAGAACCUGGCGGAAGAGGCGACACGAGCCAAGAGUCUUUUCCUAGCCACCAUGUCACAUGAGAUCCGCACGCCCUUAAACGCCAUCAUUGGCAUGACGUCAUUCCUCCUCGGUACGGAGCUUCCCCAGGAGCAUCAGGAGUGCGUCGAGACUAUCCGCCAGUCGAGCGACCAGCUCUUGACCUUGAUUAGCGACAUCUUGGACUUCAGCAAGAUUGAAGCGCGCACUUUAGAGCUUGAGGCGGCUCCGUUCAGCUUGAGGCAGUGCCUCGAGGAAGCUGCCGAUCUAGUUGCAGCCAAAGCGGCUAGCAAGCAGCUGGAGCUGGCGACAUACACGGAAGCUUCCAUCCCGGAUGUCGUGAUGGGCGACAUUUCAAGGUUGCGGCAAGUGUUGGUAAACUUGUUAAGCAAUGCUGUCAAGUUUACGGAGACGGGGGAAGUUAUCCUUCAAGCCAAAUGCAUUCAGUCGGACAAAAAAGCAGUCACGGUCCAGAUUUCCUGUAAAGAUACUGGCAUCGGAAUCGAGGACAAUCACCUUCCUCGCCUCUUCACGGCCUUCUCUCAAGCCGACGCCUCAACCACCCGCAAGUUUGGGGGCACGGGUCUCGGACUCGCUAUCUCUGACAAGCUCGUCAAGGCAAUGGGUGGACAUUUCGUGGUUCAUAGUGUCCCUGGGGUCGGUGCCACCUUCAGCUUUGCUGUACGAUUGGAAACAACUCAGGGCAUGCCUACGGACGAGCCGAACGCGCCGGACAGAAGGGUCGUGCAGAAUAAGACGUGCUUGAUAGUUGCACGGAACCAUAGCCUGCGGAGUAUCUUGGAGAAGCAGUUGACGGCAUGGGGAGUACGGUGCACUUCGGUGGCUGAUGUGGACGAGGCGGUCAACCUUCUCAAGAAGAAGACCGUCGUUUUUGACUUUGGAGUUGCCGACUUCAGCGCGCUUGACUGCGCAACCAUCGCUGAUAGCACUCUUGUGUUAGAGGCUCCCAGUCUACCAUUGAUCGUACUCAACUCGUGGAUGGAGCUCGAAGCGAAAAAUCAGGAUACGAAGGCCCACCACAUCACGAUUGGGAAGCCUGUGAAGCUGACCCCUCUUCUAGACACCGUGAUCAAGCUCGUGGCGAACGACAGCACUGGGAACACCUCUUCGAAAGCGGUCGGCAUCUCGUCUAUCAAUGGGGCCUUACCACAAAGCUUGGAGUUGGACCCAAAGCUGCGAAGUAUGCUCAAGAUCUUGAUUGCCGAGGACAACGUCGUGAACCAGCGGGUAGCAAUACUUUUAUUGAGGCGGCUUGGGUACACAGCAGACUGUGUUGCGGACGGGCUAGAGUGCAUAAGAGCACUGGAGCGGCAGUCAUACCACGUCGUUCUUAUGGAUGUACAGAUGCCUGUGUUGGACGGGUUACAAGCAUCCCGGACUAUCUGCGAGAGGUGGUCUCGAGAAGAACGGCCAUUCCUGGUCGCAAUGACAGCGAAUGCAAUGCAAGGGGAUCGAGAUCGAUGCCUCGCUGCGGGGAUGGUCGAAUACAUAAGUAAGCCUGUCCGAAUUGAGGAGCUCAGAAGGGUGUUGGACGCACAAGCAAUCGUGGUAGGCACCAGGGCCAAGCUGCAUCCAACGAGUUGAUAUCAGUUGUUUGAUACUAGAAGCGAUCGUGAACAAGCGUCGUCAAAAGUUCCUUUGUCAGGUAUUGUAGACCCCUUUUAUAGGGGUUCGUGCGUCAAGUCCUCAAGAGCCUUACAAACUUGCCAAAGCCUUAAUGGAUCAGAUGUGACAACAAGGUUUGAAGGUAAUACUAACAUCAAAAAAGUAUGUAUUGUACGAUAGUGAGUAUGAUGACGGCUGGGGUUUUAAGAUGCGAGCAAACAUUUGGUAGCUUAUCAAUCCUUACAAAGUUGAGUCGCUGCUUAUGAUGUUUACCAAGUUGGAUCUGCAGGUAAAGAACAUUGUUCCGCAAGCAAUCUAACCAGUUACAAGUGUACUAGAUUGCUAGCCUAGGAGCACUUGUACUCGGUAUUAUGGAUUACCGUCGAAACUCAAUAUUCAACUUACUGAGCUUGUUAAUU